AUGUCCCGUAUUUAUAAGUUUUCACAACUAAACUGGGAAAAAAUCGACGGUAGUGAUUAUAUUCAAGCAGUAAUUAAAAAAAGCACAUUAAUCAAGGAACUAAAAGCAGUAGAAGUUGAACUAGAAAAAUAUCAAUUAAUUAAUUCGAGUAAAGAACUACCUUUUGAAAUUGCUGAUGCGACCAAUAUUAACGAAGAUACUCGUUAUCGUUAUCGUUAUUUGGAUUUGCGGCGGCCUCGUAGCAAAAGGCUUUUGCUCCUCAAAAGCCAGUUUUGCCAGGCCGCUCGGAAUUUUCUUCACCAGCAAGGUUUUGUUGACCUGGAAACUCCUAUUUUAGCCCAGAGCUCGCCCGAAGGUGCUAACUGUUUUGUAGUUCCUGCUAAUCUGAAAAACCGCUAUUACACUCUGCCUCAAUCACCCCAAAUCUUUAAGCAGUUGUUAAUGAUGGGGGGAUUUGCUAAAUAUUACCAAAUUGGCAAAAGUUUUCGUAAUGAAGGAGCCCGCAGCAAUCGUCAAAUCGAGUUUUCGCAACUGGACUUAGAAUUAAGUUUUGUCUCCUUAACCCAAAUUAAGCGAAUUAUUGAAAAACUCCUGCGAUUUACUCUUAAAAAAGUUUUUAACUACCAAUUAAAAACCUCUUUUGCUGCUUUAACUUACCAGGAAGUCCAAGAAAAAUACCAAACUGAUAAACCAGAUUUACGCACUACUAACAACCCCCAGGAAUUAAACUUUGAAAUUGAAAAAUAUGAAGCGGCCCGUCACCCUUUUACUUUACCGAAAAAAAAGUAUAUUAAACUCCUACUGAACGGCAAAAUCAACCCGGAAAAAGUCAUGGGUGAAGCACUUGACUUGGUAUGCAAUGGAGAAGAAAUACUGAGUGGUGGUCUCCGUAUUUAUCAACGACCAUUGCAAGAAAAAAUGUUAGAAAUACUAGGUUAUGGACCCCAAGAAAGGGAGAAAAAUUUUGGCUACUUUUUACAAGCCUUAGAAUUUGCGGCUCCGCCCCACGGAGGCAUUGGCCUCGGUAUUGACCGUUUAUUGUCUAUAAUUCUCCAAACUAACAGCCUCAAAGAAUUAAUUGCUUUUCCUAAAAAUAUUGAUGUUGGAGAUAUAGCUAAUCUCCAACAAACUUCGGAGAGCCAAGAAUUAGGGAGAAAUAUCCAAGAAUUAGGGAGAAAUAUCCAAGAAUUAGGGAGAAAAUGUUGUCUACAUCUCGACCAAUUUUCCCAGCCAAAUUGGCCACUACCACCAUCUUCUCGCCCACAAAUAUUUACACCGGGAGCAGCCCAACAAAUUAUCCAUGCUAUUUUUCAUUUUUACCAAGAGAUUGGCCAACUUACGGCUGGCAAAAAAACGCAAAUCGAACGAAAAAUUUUCCCCUUGUUAGCCAAGGAUUAUUACUUUGCUUCUUAUAAUGCACAAGGUCUUGAAAAUUACGUUCAGACCAUAGUUAGCAAGGUGCGCAACCAAGAAGCCCGUGACGAACAUUUUACGGGUUGGACUACUAACCGGCCCGAAAAUACUGUUCUAUUCUUCUUACAGCAAGAAGCCGCCCAUGACCGUGAAUUAGCCCUCGCCCGCCAAAUCUCCUUAAAAACAAUUAAUGACAAUUUAGAAAAACUGCGAAUGAUUAACCCUGACUUAGAAAUAACUAGCCUUGACCCCCCAACUUUAUCCCGACAAUCCACAAUAUCCCAAAUUGAGGAGACUACCGACCAGGCUCAGAAGGUUAUUUUUGAGCACGCUUUCGCCGAAGUAAAAAAUAACCUGCUUUUACUCCAAAGCGUGCUUCCGCUCGGAGUUUACAAUUUUUUGUCAGGCAAAGCAGAACAGGCUAACAGUGUAACCGAAUUGUUAAGGUUAAAUAACAGUGCCCUUCCAGAACUCCAAUAUUUAGAUUAUCAACAAAUAAUUGUUGGAGAAGAAACACCCCAGCAGCAGGAUAUUAAUAUUUUCUUGACCGACCGCUCUCUAAUUUGCGGUCAAAUCUGCCGAUUAUUAGAGCGAAUGGCCGAAGUCGAUAAUUUAAAUGAUGAUUCAGCCACAUGGAGCGAAUUAAGAUUGUUACAAAGCCGAAUUAACAAUUAUUUACACGGUGAAGAAAGCCAAACAAGAGACCGAUUUAGUUUACGGCUACUAACUAACCCCCAAAAUAGUUAUUACGUGGAAAGACGGCAACGUAAGUUAGAAGAAAAAAUUCAGUCUUAUUUGGAAGAAGAGCAAGAAUUUAUUAUCCGCUUAAAAACCGAAUUUAAUGCUCGAGAAUACCAAAAUAACUCCCAACAAAUUGCGGACUUAGUUUAUGAAAUUAACGAAGAAAUCAACUUACAAAAAUUACUCGACCGGGAAAAUUUAGAACAAGCCACUCAAUCUCCGGAGGGAACCGCAAGUUACCAAACCUUAGACCAAUUACUAAAAAAAGAUAGCGAAGAUUGGCAAGAGUUAGAGCGAAUUAACUACGAGUUAGGUCUUUGGCAACAAAGCCCGCAACUUGCUAAUGACGAAGUGGUCGUGCAAAAUUGGGAGCACCGGGAACAAAGGAUUACUAAGCGACGCCAGGAAAUUAACACCAAAAUUGCGGCUAAAAAACAAGAAGCCGAAACUGCCUACUGGCAACAGCAACUUAACAAUUUACUAACCCAAAAGUCCGUAGUUAUUAGUGACCCUUCUCGAAUUAAAACUCUCCAACAAGCAUUAGUCCCCGAACAAUUUGCGAGCGACGAGAAUGGCAUUAAUCAGAAAGAGGUUUGGAGUAAACCAGAAAAUCAAUUAGCCAUCCAAGAAGCCGUCCAAGGACUAGAAAAAUAUUAUCAGGCCUUUCAACAAUUACGAGAAAUAUUAAACCAAGCCGACGAGUUAAUUAGCAAUAGUGAAGAUUGGGAGGAAUUAAACCGAACGGCUAAAAAAAUUGACGGCUGGCCUAACCAAGGAGUUUACCAAAAAAAUGCGGUAGAAGUUUGGCAAGACCAAGUAAAAAACCGAUUAGAAGCAAUUGAAGAAAAAUUAUUCGGCUUACAGGUUGUGGACCAAGUUAACCAGGGUGCUAUUGAGCCUGAGGCUCCAAAAGCCGAUAUUCCGCUCGAAUCAGCCGAAGAAAUUAGCCGACUAAAAGCCCUGGUUGAAAAUCCAAUCCUAACCACCGAAAUUAAAUACGAAACACCAC